AUGAAAUUCUUUAUCUGUUUAGCUGCCAUUGCCUGCAUUGGUGUAAUUUAUGCCGAUAAUAUUGAUAAGGAUGCCGAAAUUCGCAGUCUUACCAAUGAUGCCGCCGAUCCAGAGGGUAACUUCCAAUAUGCCUACGAAACCUCCAAUGGCAUACAAGUCCAGGCUGUCGGCAAUCCAGCUGGUAUUAGUGGCUCCGUGAAUUAUGUUUCACCCGAAGGAGAACACAUCAACUUAAGCUAUACCGCCGAUGAGGAAGGUUAUCAUCCAGUUGGUGAUCACUUGCCUACACCUCCUCCAGUACCUGCCUACGUUUUGCGUGCCUUGGAAUAUAUCCGCUCCCAUCCACCACCACAAUUGAAGGAACAACAUUAAUAAUUUCA